AUGCGUUCCUUCGUCACCUGCGCCGUCCUGGUCUCCAUCGCCUCCGCCGCCGCCGCCCAGCUCGGCCACCCCCUCUUCGAGUACCCGGACACCGUCCCCCUAGAUAAGCGCCAGGAGCCUGGCACCCCUCGUUACCAAUGCCACGAGGACUGUGGCGUCCUCAUCUCCCUCGGCCGCCAGGACGGCUACUGCGAAACCGCUGAGUGGACAGAGCGUUACGGCCGCUGCAUGAGCUGCGCCCUCGAGUACGACAUCUGGAAGUACUAUUCAGGCAGCGUCACCACCGCCGCCACCAAGUGCGGCCUGGACCCGACCCCGAGCCCCUCCGGCGCAGCGGCAGCAACCACGGCCGCGCCCGCCACCUCUCUUGCCGCUCCGGCCCCGACUACGACCGCCGUCGUGGACGUCACCGCUACCACGACUGGAACCUCCACCGCGGCCCUUCCUACCGGGGACUCUUCCUCUUCUUCUGCUGCUGUCGCGGCUUCCUCCUCUUCCGCGGCCGGCGGUGUCCCCGCUACCACUCUAUCCACCCAGGCCGGCGGUGCCGCCUCCGAUUCCGCCACCGCGCCCACCGGUAGCUCCACCGGGGCUUCCGCCGCCGCUGCCGCCGCCGCCCACUCCAUCGGGACCUGCAUUGCCAUGGUAUGUGCCGCUUGGGCCUGGUACUUGAUGUAG